AUGGACCCACCACUCCAGGGAAACACGCCGUUGCGACAGCUCCACGCAGAUAUCACCAAGAUAGCUGCAAAGGCUAUAGUUGAUGAAAGCAUUCCUCUCGUGGAGUGGGGAUUGCAGGUACAGUACACAUAUCUCCAACGCAUCCUGGUAAGUCGCUGGCAGAAAGAGAGUGAAGAGGAAUGGAACCUGCGUCGGGUAGAUUUUGCUGUAGAUUUCUGUUGUCACGAAGGAUCUCGACCCGAAUCGUAUCGUGAUCAUGAAAACCGGGCUAUUACUCCGGGACAACUUGAAGCCGGACACCUGGAGCAGCAGUUUUCGGACACUGGGGUCUGCAUUAACGAGGAUACCAAAUACCAACGUCCUAGUUAA